AUGGCCAUCGAGGAAAAGAAGCGCAAACACAAGGACAGUUCCGAAAAGGGCCAUAAAAAGAAGCACAAGUCGAUUACAAAGAUUGUUGCACCUAGCUCGCCUGCAUCCUCCGUAGGCUCACCUGCUCCAACUGUUGCUACUUCCUUUUCAGAAGUAGUUGUCAAAUUAUAUCUGCAUUUAGCUCCCAUGUGGUCAGGGAAGACAAUGGAGGGUGUCAAUGAGCAGCUGAACGCUUUUUUAAUGAAAUAUGUUCCCGAAGUAGAUGGCAUCAUUCUUGCACACAGCGAUGUUCAAUUCAUCGCAGAUAAAGGAAAGAUUCUCUACGAUUCCCCAUUCUGUCAUUUCUUCAUCACUGUCAAAUUUCUUGUUUGGAAGCCCAAGAGAGGAACAAAGCUAGUUGGACGUAUUAAUUUGCAAUCAGAGGAUCAUAUCGGUCUCUUGAUCUACGGUACCUUCAACGCCUCCAUCCCUAAAUCUCGUAUCCCUACAUCUACUUACGAAUGGAAGAUCAAUGAGGAAGAAGCAGUCGAAGAGGCAGUUCAAGAAGCUGAUGAAAGUGAGAACGCAGAUGUCACAGAAGCCGUCGUUGAAGAGCGAACAAGAACACAGUAUGGUGAAUGGAUCAACAAAGCUACUGGAGCAAGCAUUGGUGGAGAGGAUGGUACACUUGAAUUCAAUGUCAUGGACAUUAUUGAGGCCAACGAUAUUUUAACCGUAACUGGUUCGCUUUAG